CCGCUCCAGCGACGCUUGUUUGCGCACUCGUUUCGUUCCGGCGACAUUUUCUACCGUGAUUUUUCCCCCCGGAAAGAACCCUGAAUUCCCGGCAGAUUACCGUCCACAGUGACACGAUGUCCCUCAAGACGUACGGCGACAAGCCGGUCAGCUUCCAGAUCGAGGAUGGGGGCGAGUAUUUCUGCAUCGGUUCCGAGGUGGGGAAUUACUUGCGGCUGUUCCGAGGGUUGCUGUACAAGAAGUACCCGGGGAUGUUGCGGAGGACGUUGAGUCCGGAGGAGAGGAAGAAGCUGCUGGACUCGGGGAUUAGCAAUCAGUUUUUGGCGAGUUCGGUUUCGCUGUUGAGGGCUUCCGAGGUGGCGGAGAUAUUGGAGGGGAAUGAUGAGAAGUACAAGGCGGUGGCCGUAACGGCUUCGGAGCCGCCGGCGCCUCGCGAGAGCAAGUCGACCAAGAAGCAACCGCCGUGGGUUCCGACGAUGCCGAAUUCGAGCCAUUUGGAUGCGGUUCCGCAGGCCACUCCGAUUAACAGGAACCGGGUUUACAACAAGAAGGUUCGCACGUUUCCGAUGUGUUUCGACGAUACGGAUCCGACGGUGAAUGUGGAGAACUCGGCCCAGACGGAGGUGUUGGUGCCGAUCCGGUUGGAUAUGGAGAUUGAAGGGCAGAAGUUGCGGGACACUUUCACCUGGAACCGGAACGAGUGCAUGAUUACGCCGGAGCAGUUUGCGGAGGUUCUGUGCGAUGAUUUGGAUUUGAAUCCGACGCCGUUUGUGCCGGCCAUUGCGGCAGCGAUCCGGCAGCAGAUCGAGGCCUAUCCGAGUGAGCCGGUUGUGUUGGAGGAGGGAUCUGACCAGCGCGUGCUGGUCAAGCUGAACAUUCACGUGGGCAACACCUCGCUGGUGGACCAGGUCGAGUGGGACAUGGCCGAGAAGGAAAACAAUCCGGAAGACUUUGCGAUCAAGCUGUGCGCGGAGCUGGGACUGGGCGGUGAGUUCGUGACCGCCAUUUCGUACUCGAUCCGGGGCCAGCUGUCGUGGCACCAGCGCACGUACGCUUUCAGCGAGACUCCGCUGGCGACGGUGGAGGUUCCGUUCCGGACACCGAGCGAUGCCGACCAGUGGGCUCCGUUCCUGGAGACGCUGACCGACGCCGAGAUGGAGAAGAAGAUUCGCGACCAGGACCGGAACACGCGACGAAUGCGCCGUCUGGCCAACACGUACACGUAAGCCGCGGGGUCAGGUUAGUUUGAUUUUU